AUGUCGCAGUUCACGCCGCCCUCAGAAGUCGAACUACGGGAAUGGGCUACCGGGAAAGCCAUCAUAAUCACUGGAGGUGCCCAGGGAAUUGGAUUUGGUGUGGCCCAACUGUUUGCGAAUGCUGGCGCCAAAGUGGUGAUUGCCGACAUCGAUGAAACUGUUGGCAAGCAAGCUCAGGAAAGUCUCGGAAGCAAUUCCCUGUUUGUACGAUGCAAUGUAACGAGUUGGAAAGACCAAGUUCAGCUUUUUCAGACGGCGAUUGCCAACUUUAAUCGCAUAGAUUUGGUAAUCAGUAAUGCCGGCAUCAAUCCAGAGCUAGUACCGUCCAAUGGCUCAAAGUAUGAUUAUCUUGUCGACAAGUAUCGCGACGGCGAGUCUGACAAACUAGAAUCACUGGAGCCACCUAUCACAAGUGUUUUUGACGUAAAUAUCACUGGUGUGCUCUACAACUUAAGACUGGCGAUGCAUCAUAUGAUUGCUAAUGGCGGUGGUCGGAUCGUCGUCAUGGGUUCCGCCGCGUCCUAUAUGGGCUUCGAUGACCACGCACUCUACUGUGCUUCCAAACAUGCCAUCUUGGGACUUGUUAGAGCUACUUCUUUAAGGAAGGAAUGCACAGACAACAACAUUUCCGUCUCGGUCGUCGCACCCUGGGUGACACAGACAAGAAUGACACAGGCCUUUAUCGAUCAUUUACCGACGAGCAUAUCCAUUUCCUCUCCCGGGGAUGUAGCCGCAGCCAUUGCUAUUUCAGCAACGCAACCCAUUGAAAAGAUUCGUGGAAAGAGUAUAUGGGUUCAGGGAAAGACAUAUACAGAGGUGGAGGAUGUUAUUACCGCUUGCCAGGGAAAACUCAUCCUAUAG